CAAUUAGAUAAUCACCUUAAAUCACCUCAAUGUCAUUUAAAUGUUGUCACUAACACAUCAAGCGUCUGGGGACAUAAAAGAAAGAACCUUAUGUCACAAUGAGAGAAAAUCCCCCCAAGCUAAUAUUAAAAGCCUGUAGCUCGGUGUGAAAAUGUUUACAAGCUGUGAUGCUUGCCAAAUAUUUCAGAAUUUACUAGUGUUGACAAAGCGUGAUGCUCGGAUUUUAGUGUUUUAUAAAAGAAUUUCAACAUAUUUUUAAUCUUGCAUUCUCUCUCUGGAUAGAUUUAGGUUAGCGCUCUUUAAGGCAUUGGAAUAAAACUUAAUAUCUGCAUACAGCCCGUUGGCGCCUUAAUGAUCCAACUCAUUUGCUUGAGCGUCGACACGAGUUGAAGAUGCGCUGCUGCAUCAACAGACAAGUCCGGACAGGAGGGAAGAAGCAGACAUGGUCCAUUCAAACCAGGGAACCCUCUUCCUCUGCUUCCCCCACGCUCCUGUGAGGAAAGUAGAUACUCCUCCUCCUCCGUCCUCCACCGAGAAGGGAGCUUUCUCUCCCCUAAAACCCUGAUCGGGCUGCCAGUCCCUCCUCGGAGCGUGUCCCCCUCCACAAUCGGAAUCUGAGCCUGUUCAUGUCAUGACCCGGAGCAGUGCAGGAUCGAAGAGGUCGACUCCUCCAACCAGCCUGGCUCUCCGAUGCAGAUGACUCUUCUCCCGGGUUCCCACUUUGGUUCUUAUGAAAUAUGCGAUGUUCGCUGGAGUGCUCGCUUCUCUUUCGGCUGCACUUUGUUUUCAUGUUGGCAGCGGGCCACGAUGAGCUAUCUGCCAGACUCCUCUCCCUCUCCAGCGAGCAAGGUCAUUUGUCCCAGUCUGGCUCAGACCCAUCCAUCGUCCAUCCCGUGAGAAUCAGCGCUGAUGGUGAGUUUGUCUCUCACUCCGUGUCUCACCAUUUCAAGACCGGGAGAUCCAGGCGUGCACUGCGGUCCCUUUCUCCAGAGGGGCAGGUCUACUACAAGCUCAGCUACAAUGGUCGAACCUUAAUGUUCAAUUUGACCAAAAACCAUCACCUGCUGUCAACUGAAUACGUCCUGGAGAAGAGGAAUGGCAGUGCUAGCAGGGCUGAGCCUGCCCUGUCUGACGGGAACUCCUGCCACCUUCUUGGCACGGUGGAAGCCCAUGAUGUUAAAGGAACGGCUGCCAUCAGCACCUGCAAAGGACUGAGAGGAUUCUUUUCCCUGCCGGAGGGGCAUUUCUUCAUCGAACCUGCCCAGAAAUUGCCCAGUGAUCCUGCAGGGACUCCAGAACCACACGUUGUCUAUCCAAGAUCUACUGAGGAAAACCACAGAAGAAAACGUAGCCUGGAGUCCAAACACACUCCCAGCCCCUGCGGAGUUCAAGAUGCGCCAAGUGACUCUCACCAGGUGGAAAAAGAGAGGGAGGAGUGGGAGAGGGAGGAGGCUCAGGCUCAGUCCCGCUCGCGUCGCUCAGUCAGCCGGGAGCGAUGGGUGGAGACCAUGGUGGUGGCUGACUCCAAACUCAUCGAAUACCAUGGCAGCGACAAUGUUGAGUCCUACAUUUUCACCAUCAUGAACAUGGUUGCUGGAAUAUUUCAUGAUGCCAGUAUUGGAAAUGCCAUCCACGUCAUCUUGGUGCGCCUCAUUCUGCUUCAAGGAGAAGAGAAAGGAUUGAAGAUUGCUCACCAUGCAGACACAACUCUGUCCAGUUUCUGUGCGUGGCAGAAAAACCUGAAUCCACAAAGCGACACUCACCCAGCUCACCACGAUCUGGCUGUUCUGAUCACAAGGAAAGAUAUUUGUGCAGGAAUGAACCAGCCAUGUGAGACUCUGGGUCUCUCUCAUCUAUCUGGGAUGUGUCAGCCCCACCGCAGCUGCAACAUCAACGAGGAUUCAGGACUGCCUGUCGCCUUCACUGUUGCUCAUGAAAUGGGCCACAGCUUUGGGAUCCAUCAUGACGGCCAAGGGAAUGACUGUGAGGUGGGAGCAAAACACCCGUUCAUCAUGUCGAGACAACUGAUGUAUGACAGUUCGCCUCUGACUUGGUCGUCCUGCUCCAAGGAGUACAUCACACGUUUCCUCGACCGUGGCUGGGGUUUCUGUUUGGAUGACCGUCCUUCCAAGAGGGACCUGACUACCCCUCUGGCCCGUCUUGGCGUCCGCUACACUACCCAUCAUCAGUGCCAGCUCCAGUACGGUCCAAAUGCUACUUUCUGUCCAGAGGUGGAUAAUGUUUGCCAGAUUCUUUGGUGUUCAGUGAAUGGGAGCUGUAGAUCCAAAUUGGACUCGCCUAUAGAUGGUACUCGCUGUGGACCAGACAAGUGGUGCAUUUCUGGAGAGUGUGUAAUUGUGGGUAAACUGCCAGAGACUGUGAAUGGAGGCUGGGGGCUUUGGGACAAAUGGUCCUACUGCUCCAGGACUUGUGGAACUGGAGUUCAGUCUGCAGAGAGGGAAUGUAACAAUCCCAAACCUGAAUUUGGAGGAAAGUAUUGCACUGGAGAAAGGAAGCGUUACCGGACCUGCAACACCAAACCUUGUCAGAAUGAGAAGCCGUCCUUCAGAGAGAUGCUGUGCAGUGAGUUUGACACAGUGCCGUAUCACAACCAGCUCUACCAGUGGAUCCCAGUCGUUAACCCAUUAAAUCCCUGCGAACUUCACUGCCGACCAGUUAGUGACUACUUUUCGGAGAAGAUGCUUGACGCGGUGACCGACGGGACGCCGUGCUUCAUGAACAACAAGUCCAGAAACAUCUGUGUUAACGGAGUGUGCAAGGAGGUCGGCUGUGACUUUGGUAUCGACUCAAACGCGGUGGAGGACCGCUGUGGGGUCUGUCUGGGCGACGGCACAAGCUGUGAGAUGGUUUAUAAGACAUAUGAUGAACAAGAAGGUUUUGGGUACGUGGACGUGGGGGUGAUACCAGAGGGCGCCCGGGACAUUCUGGUGAGGGAAGCCCAGGAGGCAGGUAACUUCCUGGCCCUCAGAAGUGUGGGGUCAGACGAGUACUUCCUCAACGGGAACUUCAUCAUCCAGUGGAACGGCGAGUACGAGGCAGGUGGGACGACGUUCUACUAUGAGCGCAGUGGAGACAUGGAGAACCUCACUGCACCUGGACCUACCAAGCAGCCAGUCUUGCUCCAGUUGUUGUUUCAGGAGAAGAAUCCAGGUAUUAAGUUAGAAUACACCAUCAAGAAGACAAAAUUUAUAGAAAAUGAGGUCACUGAACCCACUUACAGCUGGAGACACGGAGCCUGGACCGACUGCAGCACCACCUGUGGCCUAGGAGAGCAACACCAGCCAGUGCUGUGUUUUGAAACAGAUGUGGGCGUCAUGGACGAGUCUCUGUGCGACCCAGACAGCCGUCCAGAGGACCGACACCGCAAAUGUAAAAAUAUGGAAUGCCCUGCACGGUGGUGGGUUGGUGGUUGGCAGCAUUGUACAGAAACCUGUGGAUCAACAGGAUUGAGGAAGAGAACCGUUCUUUGUGUCCGCACUGUUUCAGGGGAGGAGAGAGUACUCCACCCUCUGGAAUGCAAGCAUCUGCUUAAACCCAAACCUGUGGUGCCGUGCAACAGAGAUGUGCCAUGUGGGCAGGAAUGGGCUGUUGGCAACUGGGAGGAAUGCCCCGUCACAUGUGGAGGGGGAGUUCGCUCACGCACAGUGUCGUGCACAUUGGCGCCAAAGAAGAUCUGUGACCUCUCGACCAAACCCAGGUCCAAAUCACUGUGUGCUUUGCAGAGCUGCCCAAACUCAAGUCUUCACAGACGACCUGGGCUUCCCCCUGUGUAUCGCCGCAUUUACCCAAAUAAAACUCCCCCUACUAAACAUCCUGGCUCGACAUCAUUAGCACCUAUAAGCUCCACAGCUGCGCCUACAACAACCACCAAAGAAACUACAACUGCCACCACAAAAUCCACUAUAAGCCCUCAAGUUGCAUUUACUGAAAUUAUAGUCUCAGAGGAUCAUGACUUUGGUGUUCGGAUGAGGAAAAUGAAAAAUGCAAAGAGGAAAGUUUAUUCUAACAAAUCAAGUUCCGCUAAUAAAGAAAAGAAAACAAGUGUUGGAGAGGAGGAAAAUGUAGACGCAGAGGAGGGAAGCGCUGAGGAUGGGGUCCUGUACUCCCCAGGAUAUGAUUACAUCGUUGAGGACAAGACGAAACAAGAAGAGAAGAUUAUUGACCUGGACUUUUUCACCACAGAAACGUCUGUAACGACUCGUCUUCAGACAACCACACCAAAACCACAAGCACGUCCUCUUACCAAGCAUAUAACUAGAAUGCCACCCACAACUGCUUUGCCAUGCUCUCUUACCAGUACUGACACAUGUUCAAGGACAACCCACCACUUACCCAACAUCAACACCACCUCAAAUGUUAAACCAUACCGCCCAUGGACACAACGUGCUCCUCUAACCACUCCCAUGCAUAAGUUUGGCCCGGGCCUUUCAAAAACUAUCUUCAAAACGAAACAAGUUCCUGCAACAUCUAUAAGAAAACCAUCCACCACUGCAGCGCCACCUCAUGUGACAUUUAUGAACCUGAAGAGCUCCCCUGCAACAACCAAGAAAACCACUCAAACUGCUCGUGCUAAAAAACCACCCAGGUCCAAAGGAAGCCACUUCAAGAGCCAAAACCAGCAACCAAGAAGUCCGCAGAGCAGUUCCACGAGUGACCAAAGAAACCUGAUGGCCAGAGAACCAGUUAACAUGGAUGUAUUUUGGGUUGUAGGAAACUGGAGUGAGUGCUCAACGACAUGUGGGAUUGGAGCUCUAUGGAGAACCGUGGUGUGCAGUUCAGAGGAUGAUGAGGACUGUGCCAACAUGAAGAGACCUGAGCCUGCACGAACAUGUCAUCUGCAACCAUGCGCUGCCUGGAAAACUGGCAGCUGGAGCAAGUGUCCAGAAAGCUGUGGGUCUGUGAGAAGGAGGCACCGUGACGUUCAGUGUGUUGAUUCUCAGAGUAAACGUCCACUCAGACCUUUCCACUGUCAGACUGUGUCCAGCAGACCCCUAAGCACCCUGGGUUGCCCCCAAAAGCCCUGUAUGAACUGGACCGUGUCACCUUGGGGACAGUGCUCUGGCAGCUGUGGUGAAGGCAUCAGGGAGCGACUGGUGUACUGCCCCGAACCUCAUCGCUGCAGCACCACGUCCAGGCCAAACGGCACUGAACUGUGCAGUCUAAAGCCUUGCACGCACUGGAAAACCGAAGGCUGGGGGGAGUGCUCUGUGAGCUGUGGAGAGGGUCAGCAGCAGCGCGCAGUCAACUGCGUGAGCGAUCAGGAUUCGGCCGUUUUGCCAAACCGCUUUUGUGAGACGAUUUCUAAACCAGAAACACUCAGGAAAUGCAACAUGCAUGAAUGCAAGAAAAACUCAGUUUGCAGAAAAAACACCAUGUCUUCCCGCUUCUGUGACAAGCUGAAGCUGUUGGGUCGCUGUGUGCUUCGGUCGGUCCAAAGACAGUGUUGCUUCACCUGCAGGGCGCUACCAAGACUGGACUCAUAAUGACUGCAACGCGACCUGCCGUCUGUUCAUGAAAUGCUGGUACAAAAUCCACCGACUGAGAAACCACGGUGCUAACGGCAACUUCAGCAAGCCAAACUGACUGCCUCAGUGGUCACUGCAUUUCUUUUGUUGUUGUUGUUUUUUCUACCAUGUUCAGUUUUUCUUAAUUUACUGUAGUAAAAUUUUGGAUCAAAACCAGGUAAUGCAAAAAGCCAAAGUGCUUGGGGAAAGACCAGAGGAAAAAGAGAUUAUGCAAAGGCAUGGGCUGGUAUAACGAUCCCACAAAAUGAACUCCACAAGUUCAUGUUUGCACAAAAAUCAAAAGGUAGGACAUGAUUUAGGUUUGUUCAUUUCUUCCUCAAAGAAUAGAAAAUAAGCCGAUUUUGGCUGGUUCAGGCAUCUGAACCUGCAGUCAGAGAUGCUGCUCAGAGCUAGCCAACGGUAGCUUUAGAACAGCAUUACUUAAAAGUAACAUACGGCCACCUGCGCUGUUUCCAGGCCAGCAGCAGCUCUACUCUGAACCCAUCUUGGCUGACUGAACCCAGACACCCUCGUUUUGGCUGUUUGUAUCGGUGUUCUCGUUCUUUCGCUACCCAGAGCUUCUGACCACAGAUCAGGGUAGGAAUGACCAUCUGCUGGUAAGUUGAGGCUCAGCUCUCUUUUCACCAGGACCGACCAGUAAAGGACUUGCAUCAAUGAAGACGCGGCACUAAUCCUGUCGUGAAAAGCUUUUCACAACAGCAUAAAUUUCCCAGCUGUCAAAUCCUUUCUUGUUUGUACAGAAAAGUGUUCCAGCUUUCUUUUGGUUAGCUGAGUAGUUGUGUGUAAAAACAACUGGGUUUCUUUAUGCAGCCAGAAAAAAAUGUUGGCAACUCUAGCACUUCCUCUGGCCAAUAAAAUGGUCCUAAGUGACAACAUUUGAAGUAUUAUAAACAGUAACUUUUUAUAAUCUUGGAAUGCCUCAAUACAGACAGCCGGCCCAUGCCUCGUUAUGUGUUAACAUGCAUUUCUGGGUCAAAGGUGCUUUACAGCUUAAUAAAGGUGCUUUUAAAAUUAGGCUGCUGAUGAUUCACAGCUAAUUCCUAAUGUUUUUUUUUUUUUUUUUUUUUUAUGAACUGGUAAAAACAGAAUGUACAUUAAGAUUUUCUGUCAUUCCAACAUUGUUUGGAUGGACAACGUCAACAUUUUUUAACACUCUGAUUUUUUUGUUGAAUUAUGUUUUGUUUUUCUCAGAGCCAGCACUGAUUGUAUGUUUAUGUAAAGCUUUUUAUGGGCCAUUUUCUUUUUUGGUAACACUUUA